AUGACUACAUCCCAACCGAAACCAUUGCCGUUCUACGCGCAGUUCACCGCGGGUGCAAUCGCAGGUGUUACUGAGCUGCUCUGCCUGUACCCGCUGGAUGUGGUCAAGACUCGUAUGCAGUUGCAAGGCAAGGCGGUGGCCGGAUCCGCGCCGGGUGAACACUACAAUGGCAUGGUGGACGCUUUCCGAAAGAUCAUUGCCAGCGAAGGUGCUGGUCGAUUGUACCGUGGCUUGGUGCCGCCUCUGAUGCUUGAAGCACCCAAGCGAGCAGUCAAGUUUGCAGCCAACGAUUUUUGGGGCAAGACCUACCGCUCGCUCACCGGCCAAGACAAGAUGACACAGUCGCUCUCGGUGCUCACCGGGUGUUCGGCUGGUGCCACGGAAUCGAUUGUGGUUGUUCCGUUUGAAUUGGUCAAGAUCCGACUGCAGGACAAGGCACAGGCACACCUCUACACGGGUCCUAUGGACGUGGUUUCCAAGAUCGUCAAAGCCGAUGGGCUUUUGGGUUUGUACGCCGGCCUCGAGUCGACCUUCUGGCGACACGUGUUGUGGAACGGAGGAUACUUUUCCGUCAUCUUUGCGCUGCGUGCACAGAUGCCCAAGGCCGAAUCCAAGCCACAGCAACUGCGCAACGACUUUAUCUGUGGUGCCGUCGGUGGUGCUGUAGGAACCGUGUUCAAUACGCCUGCCGAUGUGGUCAAGAGUCGAAUCCAAAACACGCCCAACAUCAAGGGCGUUCCGAGAAAGUACAACUGGACGUUUCCCAGCAUCGCGCUCAUCGCCAAGGAGGAGGGUUUCGGUGCGCUCUACAAGGGCUUCACUCCCAAGGUGCUCAGGUUGGCCCCAGGAGGUGGUGUGCUCCUCUUGGUCGUCGAGGUGGUCUUGAGCCAGUUCAGAACUGCCUUGGGUCCUCCGUACAUCUGA